CUGGGCUUGUGCAUGGCUUGCUGCUGGGUUAGCUUGAAUGCGGCGGUACGACGCACAAGACCGAAACGGUAGAGCUAGGGUGCCUGCCAUGAGCCAUUCCGUACACACUGGAAAGGCGCUGGGAGUGGGAGGGAGCGAUGGUCUACUCAAGGGAGCUGCACUCACGACGCUCGUCCUGCAGAACUCAGCGCUGGCGAUGGUGAUGCGCUACACGCGCGUGUCCGGCAAACAAGCCGAUAUGUACAUAUCUACCACCGCCGUAGUGAUGGCCGAGAUGGUCAAGGUCGCGGUGGCUCUCGCGAUGCAGUUUAAGACGGAGGGCUCAGUGAGUGCCGUCAUCAACAGCGUUCGAGUAAACACCGUUGGCAACCCGGUGCAGUACUUCAAGAUGGGGGUUCCCGCUCUUCUGUACACUAUUCAGAAUAACCUCGCGUACGUGGCAACGAACAGCCUGGAUGGGCCCACCUACCAGAUCAUCUGCCAGAGCAAGAUCCCCAUCACGGCCCUGUUGUCCGUCAUCAUCCUUGGAAAAUCUCUGUCCAGCAGGCAAUGGGUAUCGCUAGCAGUUCUCACGUGUGGAGUGGGUUUGGUUCAGACAUCUGGGUCCGAUUCGGCCGGCAAGGUCAGCAACGCGACAACGUCGAAUUCCUUGAUAGGGUUUGCCAGCGCGGUGAUGGUCUGCGUUUGCUCAGGCCUAGCCGGAGUGUUCUUCGAGCUCAUGAUCAAGACGGGGGGCUCGAACAACAAGGAGGGUCCCGCCGCGUCUCUGUGGAUGCGAAACAUCCAGCUCGGGUCUUUCAGUUUGUUGCUCGGCGUCCUGGCCGUGGUGGUCAACGACGGAGCGGAGGUCAUGGCUCGCGGGUUCUUCUCGGGGUACAGCCCCAUGGUGUGGCUGUGCAUUUCGUUACACUCGCUGGGGGGUCUUGCGGUGGCCAUGGUCGUCAAGUACGCGGACAACGUGGUGAAGUGCUUUGCCACGAGCAUCUCCAUCGUCCUCUCCUGCUUCCUAUCAAUCGCCUUGCUCGGCAUGAAGGUGUCGCAGGGUUUCGCCGUGGGGGCGCUGCUGGUCGUGUCGGCGACCUACGGGUACAACACCAAGCCUGCGGAGCUCAAGACGCAAGCAGGACCAGCGCACGACCACCUGAUGCCCAAAGAAAGCGUAUGACGCACGCAACACUCGAGAUACAUUUAUCAUGUGUCGAGGGCAACACCGGCCCGUACGUGUUGUCUGCGGUGUGAUUUCAACGGCUUCCUGCCGAAUUACGGAGUGGCAAACAAGCAAGCUCGUGUCUAUGGCGUGCGUGUCAAAUUACCCCUGUUUUGGUACAGUACUGAUGGUCACAGGUACUUGCAGUGUGAACAAUCUUGUCAGUGUAACCUGUUUGUUGUAGAGAGUGCGAUUGCGCCAGAGAGAGUGCAUGCGCGCGCUGCAGACCGCACCACCACUGAAGGACCCGGAAAUUGAGACUUCAGGCUCGAAAGAAAACACUGGAAAAACCUUGUCCAUGAGAACAGGUGCGCACUUAAGAAUCCUGCACCAAAAGCGCGCAAGUUUGGGUUACCCCCACAGAGCAACUAGGAACCGAGCCUUUGGGCAUGAUGAGAGGUUCUAAAGCGGUGGCGCGAUCUGUGAAAGGAAGAAGUCGGCCACAUUUGCGCGUGUUAGGGUAGAGGUGAUGCAGCGGGUGAGGCGCGGCGUCUCACUUGGUUGGUCUUGCCACUACAAUGAGUGGAGGGGACAUGUGGUGUGAGUU